AUGCCGGCGAACUCCAAAGAGGCUAUUUGCAGACAUGUUGUGUAUCAGAAGUCCAUCUUCCAACGUAUCGAGAAACUUGGCCGUCUACUGCAACACCAACAAAAGACAGCAACAGCACCUCUAGCCCCUGACUUCGUCACGAACAUGGAUUGCACGGCUAGAUAUCCGCUUUCAUCGGAGAUCGAUGCCUGCGUUUCUCGUUCAAUGCCAACACCAGAAUCACUUCGUGCGUCAUCUCCAGAAGAGCUAUGUCGCGGGCCUCUGAUGCCACAAUUUCCAGAUGCAAGAGAACUCACGGAACUAUAUGAUUUCUUCGUCGAAAAUUUGCUAAGAUGGGUACCAAUCCUACGCACAGAGGAUAUCCCGUCAUAUGAGGACAUGGCCAGGAAUGGCGAAUGCCUACUCUCCAACAGUAUGGCCUAUGUUGCUGCAGGCUUUGUACCUGGCUGCAGGACUGUUCGGGCAAGGCUUGCCCCAGCCAUCUUGUCGGGCUUGAAGCAAUGCGUGGAGGAAAGCAACGAAAAGUCAAGGUGGAUUGCUUUCCAAGUAAUUGCUGUCUUGUACAACUGGACAAUGCCAACAUUCCACCUAACCUUCUCUAAUCGGGAAGUUUCGGAUUGGCCUCUUGCCACCGAUGUCUUGAGGGCAAUGUGGGACAGGCUUGCUUCUGCAUCAACAGCACAGGAAGCAUCCCGAGACGUCGCCAGGCUUUUGGAGCACCGUUCAAGGGACUGUGAUGUCCGCAAACACCCGCGCGUUAGAGAGUAUCUCUGUCGGCUAUGGAUGUACACGAUUAUCCAUUAUCGCACUUGGUUGGCGAACCCAUUGCACGUAUUCAAGGCGGACCCGGAUAUCUACACUAGCAAAUAUAUCUUUCGCGACUACCUCACAGACCAAGUAAUUGGUCCGAUCAUCGCACAAGUCGAGCUGUGCUUGAUCUGUGAACGCCUCUCGCAUGUUGGUUCCGAGUUUCGCAGCCCCCAGUCUUGUCCAACUUCCAACAUAGCAGACUUCAGCCCACAUCAACCAUCAACCAUGCUCAAGAAGUUGGCUGACGAUCUGGAUACUUGGUAUCAAGAAUGGUCCCCCGGGUGGACGAAACGCGGAUCCUAUGAGCCUCUUGACGCUUUCUACCGCUUCACACGCUUCUGCAUUAGUGGACAGGCGACGGAACUCUGCCAGUCCUGGUCAACUUCUGGCAUCGCGCCCGGUACAGAAUCGAGCCUCAUCGACCCCUCUAUCGAGGCAGUGGUUGAUCUAUGUUCGGUUUUGGUGGAACUAAACCCACUGUCCAGCUACAGCCUCUGCUUCAUACCGGAAGACGUCUUCGCCCUAGCCCUGUAUGGAUGCGAAUAUGUCCUUGGAGCGCAGUCAAAGUUCCGCAACCUCGAUACCCGUCACGAGUUGUCCCUUCGUGCUAUGGCGGAGCUCAUGAUCGAUGUCGGCCCCUAUGGCAAAGAGUGGACAGCAUCGCAGGGGUACGCGCUCCUGAGGCGACUCGAUAUGAGACUUUCGAAUCACCAUGGUAAUUAG